AUGGAAGCAGAAAAUUUGGAAAAUUUCCAGGAUUUAUUAAUUAGUGCCGUUUAUGCUCGCAAAGAACUGUGGGACCAAACCUCGGUGGCACAUCGAAAUCGUGUACUUGUAGAAAAUACGUGGAAACAACUUGCGGAGGAAUUUUCUUGCUCUGGAGACGCAGGAUUCGAAAACUGCAGUACCUGGCCUUAUUUCCAGCAGAUGUCUUUUUUAAAGCAUCAAGUAAAGCCUCGAAAGUCCACCGGCAAUUUGUCGAUUCCGGCAUGUCAACCAGAGUACGGCGAAAUUGAGCUCUUGGAUGAGUGUGUUGGUGAAAAUUCGUCUGCACUGGGAGAUAGUGGUGAAGUGUCCGAGAAAUCUCCUGAAGCAAUAUCUGCAAUCAGAAAACGAGCAAAAAUGUCUCAUGCAACGCAGUUACUGGAGAUCGAAAAUCGUAAACUAGAAAUCUUGGAGAGAAAAACAUCCAACGUUCGAGAUGAGGAUGAAGCAUUUUUCGACAGCUUGCUGCCUCACAUCCGAAAGCUGGAACCAGCGCGAAAAUUAUACUGCCGAAUGGAGCUUCAGAAAAUUAUAAUGGAACACGUCUAUGCGACAGAGGAACAACACGUUGACACUCCGGAAGAUGCAAAUUAUUUUAAUCUAUACCUAUAA